AUGGGAAAGCUCAUCAAGAACCACUGGGCACGCCUCAUCGUCCUGACGGCUGCCGUAUACCACGUCGCCGCCGCCCUUGAGGGGUUCUUCUGGCCCAAGAUCUUCUUCGACUUCCUCACCAAGAAUCUCGAUGGCGCCGUCAAGCCCUUUCCUGUUUUACAAAUCAUCAACUUAUUGUUGGGUACCUUGGUGUUUGCUUGGGAAUGGCCAUUGAAAUUCGUGGUCAAGAUGGUGCCUGGCCUGCAUCGGAGUAUGGAAGCAAGAUUGGUGUUAUACCCUCUUUGUGCGUUGACUGGUGUCUUGCAAUACCAAGCCACCAAUUCAGCACUUUAUUUCCUCAUCGGUGUGAUUAUUUAUUUCUGGGCCUUUUCAGAAGGAGAGACUAUAUGUCCCGAGCCCUGGACUGUGCCGAGGAGAGAGGGAGCCAGAAUCGGCAAAGUAUGA